AUGCCAAGAGAUGAAGUAUUGUUUGAGGGCUUCUUACAGAAAAGAAAAGAUACUUUGAAAUUGAAAUGGGUGACAUAUUGGUUCAGGCUCCAAAACACAACCUUGUUCUUUUAUACCCAGAAGAAUGGAAAUGCUUCACAUUUGAGAGGAUAUUACUACAUUUACACAGUGCAAUCAGUGAGAGAGGUCCAGAGAGUUGGCAGCAAGCGCUUCAUGUUUGAGCUCAUCAUGACCAACGGGAAAAGAAAAGUUUUGGUGAGUCAACACUGUGGGUUGUUUCAGUUCAGCUUCUAA